CAGCAGAGAGCACAAGAGGCGCUGAUAUCGUCAACGAAAGAGAACAUUCAAGCUUAUCAAAAACGCAUAGCACAUCGUGAAGAGGAGUUGGCAACUGUGAACGAAGAGAUAGCGGUGAAGAGGGACGAGAUUGAACUCUUAAAGAAAUCGACCAGUAAAGAGGAAAAUUUAUUGACCGAGUAUCGAAAUGCAGUGGCUCAAAUAGAAGAUGAUACGACAAAACUAAAAUUAGUUGAAACGAAACUAAGAGAAAGACAAAAUAUCGCGAAUAGUUUAUCGUAG